AUUACAGACACCUAAUUUCACAGAUAACCAAACCAACUUAGAGGAAACCACCACCAUCCUUUGCACUCUCCUUCCUGCGACCUCCUGUCUUUUUCUCCCGGCGCCCUAGUCACAUCGGCGCCUUUUAGAUAGAGAGAGACGGCGUCAUGAGCGCGGCCAGCCCGCCUGGCGUGCUGCACCUGUAUCGCCACAUCCUCAAGGCCGCCAAAUACUUCCCCAGCAAGAAGCGGACCUCCAUCAUCCGGGAAAUCAAAGAAGAGUUCCGCUCAAAUAAGACGCUGUCUGACCCGGACCGCAUCGCGCACUGCCGGGUGCUUGCAGAGCGCGGGCUGUCAGACCUGCAGGCCUACGUGCCAGCCGGCGCUGGGGCCGGCGCCGGGGCGGGCGGGCACACGCACUCCAUGUUGGGAGGCGACAUCUCCAUUACGCUCAAGGGCGCCACCACCCAGAGCUGGUAGUGAGUGGCAGUGUGCUCAAGUGCAAGGUGGGAGGAGGGCAGUGUGUGGAGCUGGGGGGGGGAGGUUGCUUCGAGAUUGUUGAGGCAGGCUGACACGGCAGCAGUGAGACGCGACGGCUGUGGAGCAGUAGCCCGCACCUGCGCCGGCGCCGAGGUUACGAAGGGGUGCGCAAAUGCAUGUCGAGUUCAGCAGUUGUGAAUCGUAGGCGGGGGCGCGGGGCUGGGAAGUGAGGACGAGAGAACCUAGUUGCGGGUAUUGGAAGUUGGCGCGGCUGCUGCUGAUGUAGUCUGGCUGGGCGAAGUGCUCAAGCGUGGCCAACAUGCUCAACGGUUGGACUUGGCAUGUCGCCUUCGAUUUGGUGUUCGCAAGCAUAUCAAGUCCGAGUCAUGGCCAAAUGAUGUAAACAAAUAUAUCA